AUGGUCAUCUCUGAGCUCGCUUGCAUCUACAUGCUUCAUGACAAUGAGGUUACAGUCGCAGAGGAUAAAAUCAAUGUCCUCAUUAAAGCAGCAGGUAUAAAUGUUGGACCAUUCUGGCCUGGCAUAUUUGAAAAGACCUUGUCUGAUGUAAACAUUGCAAGUCUUAUCUGCAAUGUAGGAGUUGGUGGACCUGCCCCAGCAGCUGAUGGUGCUGCCCCUGCUAGUACAGCUGUCCCAACUGAGGAGAGGAAGAAAGAAGAAGCAAAAAAGAAGAAGAAGAAUCCAAGGAGCUCAAUGAUGACAUAG